AUGAUCAUUGAAUCUUUUCAUUUAGAUUAUCAACAAUGUGCACCGCCAACAAGUGUACAACCAUCGACUCCAAAACCCCCACAAAAAUAUCUUAGUUGUGGUGGUCGUGCUUGUUCUACAUGUGAUGGUUGCAAUGACUGGCACCGCGUUAAUUCUCAUUGGACUCUUGUCGAUGGUGGCAGAUGCACUGCAUCCAAUUAUUUUAUAUAUCUACAUCUUCCUGUACUCUGCAGCUGUAAAACAUAUUAUUGA